UCACUAAGCUUAGGAAAGGAGAAGGCCGGGGUGAUCGAGGCGACCCCAGGCGGGCGUGACAGGAAAGCAGCACGCCAGUUUUCAGCUUUCGGUUUCUUGGCCUCCAUUGUUGCCAGCGUUUUUCAGGCGCGCAGGGCAGUGACGCCUGAUCAGGUCGCCGCAGACGGAGCCUCGCGGCGGGCUGGACGUUGGGUCAGCAGUAUUUCGGACUAAAAUUUUCCAGGGCGAGAGUUCAGGUCAUGUUCGGCGGGAGUGGGUGCCGAUCCGACCGAGAUCCUGCGGAGGAACCGACUGCUGGCACCGGCAACUGACACAUUCUACUUUGGAAAGAAUUCUAAAAGAAAUGAAGACAGCCAGCAGCAAUGAAAUUGGUAGCCUCAUCACCUUCUGUUGACUGGACUGGAGUUUUAUUCCUGCAAUUCCUGGGAAUGACACUGCCCAGGAUGUCUGCGGAGGUCAUCCAUCAGGUUGAAGAGGCACUUGAUGAAGAUGAGAAGGAGAUGCUACUUUUUUUGUGCCGUGAUGUUGCUACAGACGCAGCGCCACCGAAUGUCAGGGACCUUCUGGAUAUUUUAAGUGAGAGGGGCAAACUAUCUGUGGUGGACUUGGCCGAGCUUCUCUACAGAGUGAGACGUUUUGACUUGCUUAAGCGGAUCUUGAAGAUGGACAAAAAGGCAGUGGAGGCCCACCUGCUCAGACACCCCCAUCUCAUUUCGGACUACAGGGUGCUGAUGACAGAAAUUGGUGAUAAUUUGGAUAAAUCUGAUGUGUCCUCAUUAAUUUUCCUCAUGAGGGAUUAUAUGGGCCGGGGCAAGACAGCCAAGGAUAAGAGUUUCUUGGAUCUUGUGAUUGAAAUGGAGAAACUGAACCUACUUGCUCCAGAUCAAUUGGACUUACUGGAAAAAUGUUUAAAGAACAUCCACAGAAUAGACCUCAAGACAAAGAUCCAGAAUUACAAACAGUCUGCUCAAAAAACGGAAAACAGUUAUAUAAAUGCUCUCCAGGCACCUGUCCCAAACUUGAAUCUUAAGGAUCCUUCAUAUAACUUAAGGCUCCAGAAUGGGAGAAGUAGAGAACAAAGACUCAUUGUGGAACAACUUCAAAGAGAACCAGUGAAGAAAUCUAUUCAGGAAUCAGGAGCAUUUCUGUCUCAGGUGCCUCAGAAUAUACCAGAGGAGAGAUACAGGAUGCAGAGCAAUCCCCUAGGCAUCUGCCUUAUCAUCGACUGCAUUGGCAAUGACACAGAGGUUCUUCGGGACACCUUCGCUUCCCUGGGCUAUCAAGUCCAGUAUUUCCUCUAUCAAAGUGUGAGAAACAUAAUCCAAAUCCUCCACAAAGUUGCCCGUAUGCCGCAACACCAGUACUACGACAGCUUCGUGUGUGUGCUGGUGAGCCGAGGGUGCUCCCAGAGCGUGUUUGGAGUGGAUGACGCUCACUCGGGGUUCUCUUUGGAGCAGAUCAGGAGGAUGUUCAUGGACGCAUGUCCUUCCCUCUUAGGGAAGCCAAAACUCUUUUUUAUUCAGAACUACGUGGUUUCAGAGAGGCAGCAGGAGGACAACAGCCUCCUGGAAGUGGACAGCCCAGCAGUGAAUAAUGCAGAAGCCACGGACAGGCAGCCCGGGCCAUGCACAGUUCACCGGGAAGCUGACUUCUUCUGGAGCCUGUGCAGAGCGGACGUGUUCCUGCUGGAGCGGGCCUCCACCGCGUCCUCGGUGUACCUGCAGUACCUCUCCCAGAAACUGGGGCAAGAAAGCAAACGCCCUCUCCUGGAUCUCCAUCUUGAACUGAAUGACCGCGUGUAUGAUUGGAACAGCAGAGUGUCUGCUAAGGAGAAGUACUGUGUUUGGCUGCAACACACUCUGAGAAAGAAACUCAUUCUUUCUUACAAAUGAAAUACUGAAAGCUCUCUUAAGCCCUGCUCUGCCCCUCAGUCUCCAUCACUUGUCAGAGUAGCCUGCAAGCAAGUGUGCAUAAGUGAUGAAUGUGAGGCGAGGUCCUGGUCCAUGCUGAAAAAGACCCUUGGGGAAGAAUGCUUGGCUGGAAAGGUGUCUGAGCUUCGAAGAUGAGGUAUUGAUCUCUAUUGUGAAACAAUGUUUGCAUGAAACAGCUCACUAGGUCAAUGAGGGAAAGAAAAAGACUUGGAAACUUUAAAAACCUAGCACUGGUUGAAUUGAGCAUCUCAGGAACAUGUUGCCUUCCAUGGUAAAGGUCAAGCAAACAGCUACAGAAAGGCUCAUUCAGAGUGUCUGCAAUCUCAAAGUAACCUGUGGGAAUCCAUGCUCCAUACAGAAAAGAAAAACCAAAAUACAAAGCAAUGAAAUUAGAAUUUAACA